AUGCCGAUCCUGAGUGACCUGCGGGUGUUCGUGCUGGUGGCGCGCCGCGCCGGGUUUGCCGCCGCCGCCGAAGAGCUGGGCGUGUCGCCGGCCUUUAUCAGCAAACGCAUCGCGUUGCUGGAAAAGGCGCUGGACGUGUCGCUGCUGCACCGCACCACGCGGCGGGUGGCGAUCACCGAGGACGGCGAGCGCAUCUACGAAUGGGCGCAGCGCAUUCUCAACGAUGUCGAUCAGAUGAUGGACGAACUGUCCGAGGUGCGUCAGGCGCCGCAGGGCAUGCUGCGCGUAGUCACAGCUUCGGCUUCGGCCGGCGCUUCGUGGCCCCGGCGCUGUCGGCGCUGGCGCGGGAGUAUCCGCAGCUGGAGCUGCGGCUUGACGUGUCCGAUCGGUUGGUGGAUCUGGUCAGCGAAGGCUGGCGGACAACCAGCGCAUCCUGUGCGCUUCGCCGGCGUAUCUGCAGCGCCACGGCGUGCCGAAAAGCGUGGCGGAGCUGGCGGCCGCGCUUGCCUGGUGAUCAAGGAGCGCGAUCACCCGUUCGGGCUGUGGCGGUUGCAGGGGCCAGGCGGCGAAGAGACGGUGAAGGUGACGGGGGCGCUGGCGUCGAACCACGGUGAAAUCGUGCACCAGUGGUGCCUGGACGGGCAGGGCGUUGCGCUGCGUUCCGCCUGGGACGUGAAAGAGAACAUCGACAGCGGCAGGUUGGUGCACAUUCUGCCGGAGUAUUUUCAGCCGGCCAACAUCUGGGCGGUGUACGUUUCCGGCUGGCAACGUCGGCGAAAGUGCGGUGACGGUCGAAUUUUUGCGCGACUAUUUCCGUGA